UCUUCCUUGUUGACUUUGAUUCCGAAGAAGCAUAAUCCUACGGAAUUGAAGGAUUAUCAUCCUAUUAGUUUGAUUGGGUGUGUUUAUAUAUUGCUGGCAAAGGUGUUAGCUAAGAAACUUAAAUCGGUGAUGUCAAAGAUUAUUAGUGAAACCCAAUUUGCUUUCUUGGGGAGUCAUCAAUUGGUGGAUGAUGUUUUGGCUUUGAAUGAAGUUGUAGAUGAGGUGAAGAAGAGUAAACAACUGGCUUUUGUUUUCAAAGCAAAUUUUGAAAAAGCCUAUGAUUGUGUUGAUUGGUCAUUUUUGGACUGGAUGAUGGAGCAAUUUGGUUUUGGCGCUAGGUGGCGAGGUUGGAUUAAGGAGUGUUUAUCGACAGAAAAGGUUUCAAUGUUAGUCAAUGGUAGUCCAAUUGAGGAGUUUGGGGUUGGAAAAGGGUUAAGACAAGGUGAUCCUUUGUCUCCUUUUCUCUUUUUGAUGAUUGGUGAAGGCUUACAUAGGGGUAAAUCUGAAAGUCAAAAGAUGUGGGAUCCAAUGGUUAAUCGAUUUCGAGCCAAACUUGCCAUCUGGAUUUCAAAGUUGUGGAAGGAUAUUAUUAGUUUAGGUGGGAAAUCUAGUAUAUUGAGGGAUAAGUUGGUGCAAGGGUUUAGAUGGGAGGUGGGGAGUGGUAGUAACGUGGCUCUUUGGUGGGAGAGUUGGGUGGGAGUUAAGGCUUUACGAGAUUCUUGUCCUAAAUUUUUUGCAUUGGCUGUGAAUAAGGAUGGCUUGGUGAGUGAGAUGGGGUUAUGGGAGGGGGAUAGAUGGUGGUGGAAUAUAGACUGGAGAAGUGGAAGAUUAGGUCAAGAAAAAGAUUAGGAGGAGGUCAUUUGGAGGGUGUUGGAUAAUAUUCAAUUAAAGAAAGGGAGGAGGGAUUAUUGGACUUGGUUACAUGACCUAGGAGGACAAUAUAAAAUUAGGGUAGCACAUAUUUUUUAGCUUCUGAUGAGCGCCUCCUCGAUACUCAACUUUGUAAGUUUAUUUGGCGUCGGGUAGUGCCUUCGAAAGUUGGCUUUUUUGGGUGAAGGCUUUGUCUUGAUAGACUUCCAACAAAAUGGAAUUUGAAAAAAAGGGGAGUGUGUUUGCAGCAAAAGGAAUUAUUUUGUGGUUUGUGUCAUGAGGUGGUGGAGGAGAUUGAUCAUUUUUUUGUACAUGCAGGGAGGCUUGGUUGAUUUGGGUUAAGGUGUUGUGUUGGUGGGGAAUUGAGACUCUGAUGUGCAAUACAGUUCAGGGGAUAACAGAAUUUUUCUUGCAUGAUUUGAGGAAUAUUACUAGGAAGGAGGUGAGUGUAUGUAUUUUUCUUGUAGUGGCUUGGUAUUUAUGGUAUUGGAGGAACAAUUGUGUCUUCAAUGAUUAUGUGAGUAUGGGGGAGCAUUUGGUGGAUAGGGUACCAAUGAAGUCAUUUAUGUGGA